AUGAGAUGUUUGUUAAAAGCUGAACUUUAUUAUCUUGUAAGAUAUUAUUCCUCCAAGACUACGAAAAAUAAAGCAAAAUUUAAGCAUCUUCACAUUAUCCUGAAUGCCUUUGAAGUCAAGCAGAAGGAAACAAUCUAUUUAAUGUUAAAUGUAUUUACUGUCAACAUAAUACUUAACAACAUAGGUGGCAUCGUGGGAGUAAGCAAAUCUGAAUAUUCUGCCUUGUGGUAA